AGUGAUAAAGAAAAGAUCAACCUUAUCGCUAAGCUGAAGCAGAAUGAUAAAGAUACUGUUGCUAGAGUUGCGAAAUUAGAACAGAAGCAAUCGCAAGAUGAUGAAAAGAGUAACUUUAUUGUUAAAUUAGAUGAUGACACCAGGGAAAACAAUUAA